CUGAGGGAGGUGGGGGAUGAGGUCCUGGAUUGCUGAGUCUGAGGGACUAGGGUGUUAGAAGCCAGUAUUCCUGGCUCCGACUCCUGUGUUGGAGGAAGAGAAGGCUGGAGUCCUGGGAUCUUUAGUCCCGGACCACGCCGCCAUGCCUCCCUCUGGACCUCGUGAAGCCCUCCUGUCACCUCUCCUGCUGCUGCUGCUGUCUCUGCUGCACUCUGUGCUGGCCGUUCCCCUGGAGCGGGGGGCACCCAACAGGGAAGAGAACCCCGCGACCGAGAGCCCCGAUACAGGCCUAUACUACCACCGGUACCUCCAGGAGGUCAUCAAUGUGCUGGAGACAGAUGGACACUUUCGGGAGAAGCUGCAGUCUGCCAAUGCGGAAGACAUCAAGAGCGGGAAGUUGAGCCGAGAGCUGGACUUCGUCAGCCACCAUGUCCGCACCAAACUGGAUGAGCUCAAGCGACAGGAGGUGUCACGGCUGAGGAUGCUGCUCAAGGCCAAGAUAGAUGCCGAGCAGGAGCCCAAUGUACAAGUGGAUCACCUGAAUCUCCUGAAACAGUUUGAACACCUGGACCCUCAGAAUCAGCACACAUUUGAGGCCCGAGACCUGGAGCUGCUGAUCCAGACGGCCACCCGUGACCUUGCCCAGUACGAUGCAGCCCAUCACGAAGAGUUCAAACGCUAUGAGAUGCUCAAGGAGCACGAGAGACGCCGUUACCUGGAGUCGCUGGGAGAAGAGCAGCGAAAGGAGGCAGAGAGGAAGCUGGAAGAGCAACAGCGCCGGCACCGAGAGCACCCCAAAGUCAAUGUGCCUGGCAGCCAAGCCCAGUUGAAGGAGGUGUGGGAGGAGCUAGAUGGAUUGGACCCCAACAGGUUUAACCCCAAGACCUUCUUCAUACUGCAUGAUAUCAACAGCGAUGGUGUCCUGGAUGAGCAGGAACUAGAGGCCCUCUUCACCAAGGAGCUGGAGAAGGUAUAUGACCCAAAGAACGAGGAUGAUGACAUGCGGGAGAUGGAGGAGGAGCGUCUGCGCAUGCGGGAGCACGUGAUGAAGAAUGUGGACACCAACCAGGACCGCCUUGUGACCCUGGAGGAGUUCCUCACAUCCACCCAGAGGAAGGAGUUUGGGGAUACUGGUGAAGGCUGGGAGACAGUGGAGAUGCACCCUGCCUACACUGAGGAAGAACUAAGGCGUUUUGAGGAGGAGCUGGCCAUCCGAGAGGCAGAGCUGAAUGCCAAGGCGCAGCGCCUCAGCCAGGAGACAGAGGCUCUUGGGCGGUCCCAGGGUCGCCUGGAGGCCCAGAAGAGAGAACUGCAGCAGGCUGUUCUGCACAUGGAGCAGAGGAAGCAGCAGCAGCAGGGCCAGAAUGCCCCGGCCUCCAACCCUGAGGGACAGCUCAAGUUCCACCCAGACACAGAUGAUGCACCUGUCCCAGCUCCAGCUGGUGACCAGAAGGAUGUGGAGGCUUCAGAAAAGAAGAUUCUUGAACAGCAGCCCCCUGAGGUGCCCCAGCACCUGUGACCCUUCAGAGAUCCCAGCCCUCCAGAUUCCUAUCAAGGCAGAUGAUGGGAGCUGAAUGAUGGUCACAAUCAGCCUUCCCUGGGGCCAGCAAAAUUUGUGGCCUCCUAUUGGCAGGGGGAUAGGGUAGCUUGCUGCCAGGCCCCAUAUCUGCUUAUCUCAGCUUUCACAGCCUCCAAGUGUAUGGUCAAUUCCUCUGUCCCCCUCCAAAGGGCUUGCCUUCUCUUGUGUCUGGAUCCAUUUAAUUUAGGGAAGCACCUUCGUCCCCCCCAAGAGAAUCUGUCCCUGCCUUCCUGGAUAGGUUGGCCGCAGCUGCCCAGGUUGUGGCCGCUCCUGCUUUCUAUGUCCUCACAGUGGCUGGAAUCCUGCCUGCUGCACGGGGCCCAGCUUCUGUUGAUUUAUGGGGCUUUGGGGUGAUCCCUCGAGACCUUCUCAUACCUUUUGCAAGACCAGUGAUGCCUCAAAGAUAUUGUCUUCUCCACAGCUGGAUGCUGAGGGCCAGGGCAUCAUCAGCAUAGCUGGUCAGCUCCUUGGGAGCCUGAAUUUUCCUGAGGCCUUGGCUUCCAGCCACCUCAUCACCAGCUCCUCCCCUGCUUCUCAGCCCCUAGUCCCUUCCCCUCACAGAAGGGUCCCAGAGCUGACCCCGCUGCCCCAGGACCAGGUCCUGGCCCUCAGCCUCAUGUAGGAGGCCCUGAAAGGUGGCCCCACCACCUUUCUGGCCUCAUAUCACGUUGUUCCGUGUCAUUCUCUGUGCUCUGGUUCCAACCAAAUAUACUGUCUGGAAAAAAUACUUGCCUCCAUUGUCAUGUCUGUUCCCUCUGAAACCCCAUCUCCAUGUCACCUGCUAAAGUCUUCAUCUUUUAAGGUUCAAUUCAAGUAUCACCUCUGAGGGGUUCAGUCCUGGUUGCUUCUGUCUGCUCUGACAAGUGCACUGCCUUAACUCAAGAGCGCUUUAGCCACAAGGACAGAAAACCCUAACCUGGGCUUAAACAAUAAAAAUAAUGUGUUAUCACCCAAAACAAGAAGUUCUAAGACAGGAUGUCUUCAGGGAUAUCAGGGAGGCAUGGUGGCCAUAUGCUGCCUCAUGGUCCCAAAGUGGCUGCAGCUGCCACAGGAGUCAUAUGUCUGCACUAGCACCCUGCAAAGGGAGAGGCCACAUCCUGCCCGAAGCAUUGUCAUAAGUGGAGAAAGUCUGUCCUUAAACCUCCAUCUUAGCUUGGCGCCUAUAGCUCAAGCAGCUAGGGCGCCAGCCACAUAGAGCAGAGCUGGCAGGUUCAAAUCCAGCACCCUAUCCUUUGAGCCACCAGGACCACCCAGGACCCAAAAAUCUUUUGACUUAAAGAAAACAGGCAGGCGGC